AUGUUAUGCCUAGAACAGGCUGAAAGCAGAAAUUUUUGCAGCACUGAUAACUGCAACGACGAGGUGCCAACAUUUGGCUACGAGCCGCAAUUGACGUUGAGCUGGGGUACGAGGAAUGUGCCGAUCAUCAACCGGACACCGAUCAGAUGUUGGAAUAGCUCGGUAAAUUUGAAUUGGGACAAGAAUCCGGGAGAAACGCCAAAAUUCCCGGCAAUUGGGGUGACAUUCGAGGACGAAAUGUGCGUGAUCGAUACUGAUGGGCAGGUACUUUUGACGGAAACAGUUGGCGCAAAUCUUUCGGAAUGGUUGAUGUUUGACGGGUAUCGAGAUGCAAGUCGAAGAGCGCCAACAGAAGGAAUUCUAUCGAUUGGAGAUCUAGAUUGGAUUAGUCGUUUACCUGGUUAUAAUGGUGGCGUUUACGGGUAUCAGUCAACAAUCUACUCGUUUAUCGUUCGAAUGUCAUGCGAUUGGACUCUCUGCAAUGUGGCUGAUUUAAAGGAAAUGCCUCAAUCGACUGUAAAAUGUCAUGGUUUUGAAGGCAGCUUCUGCAGUGGUCAUCUUUGCGUCUAUGUGCAAGAUCGACUAAAACUCACGAAAGACGAUAGCUUGACAUCACAGGGUUGUCUCUGGCAAAAUGAUGCAAGAGCUAGCGGAAGAUUGGAGGUCGGCGAAUAUCCUUUCGAUUAUCUUUAUGUGAUGUGUGCUGAGGAAUUCUGCAAUAAAGAUCUCGCCACCGCACGGAAAUCAUAUAAAAAGUUUAAGCCAAAACUGCCUGAAUUUGUUCCAUAUCCGCUAGCCGUUCAGUCUUAUCAAGCGGCUUAUGCAGUGAUUACAACAACAACAACAACAACAACAACCACUGCAGUGACAAUGACAACAAGCACUGUGUCCAAAGUUACCGUUAAUUUACAGUCAAACCAAACCGGAACUCCAAUUGUUGAAACCACAACAAAAUCUUCAUCACAAUUCAAAAUCAAAUCUUUUCUUCAAUAUUUAUUCAUUCUUUUAUCAAUAUCAAUAAAUUGU